ACUGGGAAGUUUCAACAUGGCGGACAUAUUUAAUUGUAAAAACGCGGUUCGAGAAUCUUGGAAAUAACUCUCUCAGAAAGUAGUUUACAAGCAUCAUUACUGUCAUGUCACUACCUCAGGAAUCUAUGAUGCAGCAAGGUGCACCCCUACCUAUAAAACAACAGUCAGAACGUGGGCAUCAUAGCACUCCACGUCGUAGUUCGUCCCGCUCAAUCAAAAGGAAGAAGUUUGAUGAUGAACUUGUUGAGAGCAGCUUAAAGAAAGGCCCAAAGAAAGGAAUGGAGUUGGGACAACCAAUGGAGAAAGAUCCUUUAAAGGAGUUUUUAAAGGAAAAAGAAAAGAGACCUAUGCCGCCAUCAGUUAGAACAACUGGAAAGAAACAAAAGAAACCCAAGACACCUCAAGUUAGUAAAGAUUUUGGCAGAUGGCGGCCGACAGAUGACCUUGCACUCAUUACUGCUAUACAACAGACUAAUGAUCUGACAGCAGUCUACUUGGGCGUGAAAUUCUCUGCACGGUUUACAUUAAAGGAUAUUCAAGAAAGAUGGUACGCUCUUCUGUAUGAUCCUGUGGUUUCAAGAUUAGCCACAUUAGCCAUGAAACAGUUGCCUGCAGAUGUUGUCACUGCUGCUCAGAAUAAUGCUUUAUGGAACAAGGAAGAAGAGAGCCUUCUUGCCAAUAUUCCAUCGUCAAGUCCUUCAUCACUUGAAAUCUUUCAAGAUCAACUAGACAAACAUCCUUCAACUUUUCAUCCUUGCCGAACUGUUGUGUCACUAAGAAACCAUUGGUUGUUAAUGAGGCAAUACCAACUAUUAUCAGACCAGUCGGUUCCAACAGGGGAAAAUGCACUCAAUUUUUCAGAUGUAGAAGAACAAAUAAAUGAUAGUGAACUUCUAGAACCCAAAGAUGACAGCUUAGAACAAGAACUGUCUAUUGCUGACAGAAGACAAAAGCGGGAAAUACGAAAACUUGAAGAAGAAAUCCCAAAAUGGCAGGUUAUAGUUGAUGAGUUCUGUGUGCCUAAUAAAAGUGCUACAAGUGGAGUAUCAUCUAACGAGUUUGAUAGUCAGACAUUAGCUGUACUGAGAGGGAGAUUAGUGAGAUAUCUAAUGCGCUCCAGAGAGAUAGCUGUUGGUCGAUCAACUGCUGAUAACCAAGUGGAUGUUGAUUUAUCCCUUGAAGGACCUGCCUGGAAGGUCUCUAGAAAACAGGCUACAAUCCGCUUAAAAAGUGAUGGAGAAUAUUACGUGGUCAACGAAGGUAGACGGCCACUGUUGAUUGACGGCAAGCCGAUUACCUUAGGAACCAAAGCAAGAUUACAUCAUAACUCUACCUUUGAG